AUGAACAGCUCUGACAGCAGCAUGCCUGACCAGCCUGCCGCUGGGCCAUCUUCCACCACCCCCUCUGAUCCGCCCCAACCACCCUCGUCUUCCUCCCUCGACCCCCCUGGACAGCCCUCGUCGAGCCGUACACUUUCAGCAUUAUGGGGCGCCCCAUCUUCAUCUGCUGCCGCUCUCCAGCGCUCAGCGUCUAAUACCUCCAACCCGCCUCCAGCUCGUAAGAGGAAGAAGAAUGACGCCGCUCCAACACAGGCCCGCCUUACCUUUAGUGUCGACGGCGUUGGCGUCACUGCUCCUCCCCCGCCCCCUCCAGCUCCUCCACCAGCUCCAGCGAACGGCGACAGGAAGCGCAAGCCCAGGGCAAAGCGCAAGCCUGACGGCGACACAACAACGAACGCUUCGCCAAAGAAGCGUGGCCGUCAACCAGCUGCCACCUCGAGCGCAGUGACUCCCGACCCUGCACCAGCGUUUGGGGGUCUCCCCAUGUCGCCCGACUCGCCCGAGAUCAUUGUCCUCUCAUCUGACAUGCCGGAGAUUGUGGUCACUGGCUCGUCGGAUGCCGACAUUAUCGUGACGGGCGGAACGGCGCGCAAGCGGUCCAGUGACGGAAGGCGCCGGGUCACCGCCGAUCCGUCCUUGCCUACACACUCGUUCUUCUCGCGCCGUGCAGACCCCGAUCCUACAGCUCCUCUUCCCGCUACCGCGUCCGUAGCCACCUCGAGGUCGACCACUGCAACUGCUCAGCCCAGCGACGCGGCAUCGGGCACCACCACGCCAGCGGCUCCGAAGCAAGUCCACUCGUUUUUCAACCUCGCUGCUCGCGACGAGCCAGGAAAGCUCAAGAAUGGCUGGGGAUGCUGCAAGGAGGGCGAGGAGCCGGCUGCACCCUGGCCUGGAGGCGAGUGGCCAGCGCACGUUGACGCUCCGACCGCCGAGCCGGCAGAGGGCCGGCCAAGGAUGUUCGCCCUGCGUGCACCUCAGUCCCACGCCGACACCAACGGUGUCCACGAUCACAACGAUCACAUGUGGAUCUCGCGUGACCCCGGGCCAUCCAGGUCUCGCCCUAGCGAGACCGUUGUCACGGCCCCGCCGUUCAUCAUGGCCCAUCCCGCAAUCACUGCCGUGUCCGGUACGACUUUGGACGGGCGCGAGUCGUGGUGCGAAGCCCAUCGCCCGCGGACAGCCGCUGCUGUCCUAGGAAACGAGGUGGAGGCAACAUACCUGCGCGACUGGCUCUCUGCGCUUUCUGUCGGCGGACAUGAGGGACGCCGCGUGAUCAGACGCAUGCCCCGUGGCCGUGCCGUGGAUCCGGACAAGUCCUGGAUUGUGGACGAUAUCGGCAUGUUUGGCGAGCCAUUCACAAACGAUGUGUACGCCAACGACGACGAGGAGGUUCCCGAGCCCGUCGAGGAACCCAUCUUGCCCCUUGGUGCGCGUCCAGAUGCCUAUCCACCCAUCGGCAAGUGGAUCGGAAACUCGAUUCUCCUCUCUGGCCCUAGUGGAUGCGGCAAGACAGCAGCAGUGUACGCCGCAGCAAACGAGCUGGGCUGGGAUGUGUUCGAGGUGUAUCCGGGCAUCGGCAGGCGUACCGGCACCAACCUCCUAGCACUCGUUGGUGAUGUUGGCAAGAACCACAUGGUCACGGAGAAGAAGGAGAAGCCGAAGAGCACCGCCGAAGCUGCCACGGCCUCCUUCUUUGGAAAGGUCCAGCCGAAACCCAAGGUCCUCCCCAUGCCCAGCAGCCAGGGCAGUGCCAAUGACCCGAUCUCGCUGGACGACGAAAGCGACCCCCAGUCUGCCAUUGAGGUUCAGCAGCCCACGCCUGAACUGGUGCCCGAGCCCAAGACGGAAGUCAAGACGAAGCAGUCACUCAUUCUGAUUGACGAGGCAGACAUUCUCUUUGAGGAGGAAAACACAUUCUGGCCAGCAGUGAUCUCACUCAUUGCCGAGUCGCGCCGUCCAGUGGUCAUCACUUGCAACGACCCCGGCCGCAUACGCGACAAUGUUCCGCUGCAGACGACGCUCCACUUCUUCCCUGCACCAGGGUAUCUCGCACAACCGUAUUUGGACUCGAUCGCAAAGCACCACGGGGUCCACACAGACGUCGCCACGCUGUACGCCCAGUGUAGCCACGAGCCUCUCGACCUCGUGGACCAGCCGUUGCCUCCCAACGGAAACGAGCCCGCAGCCAACUUUGACUUGCGUGCUGCGAUUACGCAAAUGCAGCUUGACCGCAGCAAGCCUGCGGAGCGUCGUGAACCAGCAUCCGAAGUGGAACCUCGCGGCGACUUUGCCGACGUCGUGCGCCGUCUCGAGUCGGUGUCAUUCGCCGAUGCGUUCGUCGCCCCACGCGCGUGGGCUCGGAUGGAGGUUGCAGACGUUGACCAUCUUGAGCACGGCCCCGACGACCAGGAAGGCCUCGCUCAGCUUCUCAAGCUCGACGUACAGGAAUUGCACCCUACGCUGGCUGCCUAUGACUACUCUGCGGACAUGGCGGCCACGCUUGUCGCCCUCGGCGGUGGUCCAUUCACGGACGACCACAAACUGCAGCUCACGCAGACGGCCUAUGUGCGCAGCCUCCUCCCAGUCCUCGACCCACUCGUCAAUCUCUCCAUGCGCCUCCUGCCCGAUCCGACUCUAUUCCUCGAGACUGUCCCGGUGGUGUCCAGCCUGGUCCGCGCCGACGACUUGGCCGAAGUGGCAUUCUACGCAGACAUUGCCGCGGGGAAGCGACCCUUGAACCGCCGUGGUCGGGCGAUGCGCAUAACGCAAUACAUGGAGACACGCACCUACGAGCGUUACCUGGGUACCAUUCCGCCCGAUGGACUGGAAACCGCACGCACGAUGAGCUUGGAGUGGAGGGCGUGA